AUGAAGAUUGUGAGUGAAGAGAGCUUUCGACAAUCCUCACUUUCUGAAGUUGUUGAAGCGUGUUACGAGAUAGCUAAUAUGAUUGCUCGAGCAAAGAAACCCCACAAUAUUGGUGAAACCUUUAUCAAACCAUGCAUGCUAAAAGCAGCCAGCCUUGUGUUGGGAGAGAAAAACAGCAAGAAGCUAGCGAAUAUUUCUCUAUCCGAUUCCACGAUGAAAACGCGCAUUGAUGAACUCGCAAAGGAUAUCGAAUUGCAGGUUCUCGAAAAGAUACGAUCAUCACCUUGUUUCGCCAUCCAAUGUGAUGAGACAACUGAUAUAACCCAAUUGUCUCAGCUCAUGGUCUACGUCCGUUUUAUCGGAUCUACAAGCAUUGAGGAGAAAAUGUUAUUUUGCAAACCCCUUGAAACCAACACCAGAGCGGAAGAUGUGUUUGAAGCUGUUUCUGCGUAUUUUGACAGCAAUGCCAUGAAAUGGGAGAACCCUGUGGGAAUCUGCACUGAUGGGGCCCCUGCAAUGCUCGGAUCACGAAGUGGAUUUAUUAGCAGGAUGAAGCAGAGAAGCCCAAACGCAAUUGGAACUCACUGCGUAAUUCACAGGGAAGCUCUGGCCUCUAGGACCUUGCCUUCUGCAGUGGAUGACAAGCUUGCUGUUGUCAUACGAAUUGUUAACUUCGUCAAAGCAACACCUGUCAAAACGAGGUUGUGCAAGGAUAUGGAGUCUGACCAUGAGGCUCUUCUGUUUCACACGACGGUUCGAUGGCUGUUAAAAGGCAAUAUGUUAUCUCGCGUUUAUGAGUUGUGGGAGGAAGUGAAGCUAUUCCUCGAAGCGCAGGGAAAACAAGACCUCCUACUGUCAUUCGCGUCAAACAGUUUUCAACUUGGGUUGGCAUACCUUGUUGACAUUUCCAAAUCCCUGAAUCUUCUCAAUAGGUUAUUACAAGGUACGCAUAGAUCACUACGAUGCCAUACAUACGUUCAUAGCGAAACUUGGGCUAUGGCUUCGUCGAGUUCAAAGGGGAAACGCGGCAUCAUUUUCCACCCUCGACGCCGCCCUCGAUAA